AUGCCGUCGACACAAUCAUUGACCGUCGCAGCGAAGAGACGCUACGAAAACAAAUCUUUUCAAAGUUCGGAUCUACAUCCGCCGGUCCGCGUCGGUGGCGACGCCUGGUCACGAAGAACGUCCCAAAGGUUACUUCAUGAACCGGACUCCACCACCACCGGGACAGUCCCGCAAAUGGGAAGAUUGGGAGCUUCCUUGUUACAUCACCAGCUUCCUCACGAUUGUUAUCCUCGGCGUCGGACUCAAUGCUAA